ACUGCGUCCAGCCUCCAGUCGCGUCGCAGUUUGAAUGAGUUUAUUGUGCGCGUGUUACGUACAAGUACAACAAAAAUGACAGAUUCUUGGCUGGACAAUUUACCGGAAGAAAUAUUGUUGGAAAUUUUUGAUUAUUGUGAUGUAAUUGAUUUGCUACAAAUCAGUCAAGUGUACGAACGAUUUAACGAAAUUAUAUUAUAUAUAAUAAACAACCGAUCAAUUGUUACGAAUCAAGUAUCAACAAAUUUUCGUAAAAUAUGUAAUCCAAUAUUAUCAUACGACAAUAAGUGUAUUGUAUCAUAUAAUUGGCAAUCUGGAAAGUAUAAGCCAAAUUACAUAAAAUACAAUGAGGAAACAGUAAUGCCAUGGCUGCAAAUGACAAAGGAUGUGCUCUGGUGGUGCGGUGGCAAGAACUUUGUUGGUAUUGAACGUAAGGAUCAACUGACACAGAACAAUUGGAACGAAAGCCUUUUUAGUCACAAUCUAAAGUACUCACUGCAUCUAAUGUCAAAAGGGUUCUCGAAAUUUGUCCUUUGCGACAAUUUCAUUAUAAGUGGCCAUAGCGAUGGCAGCAUAAUAUGUUGGUCGGAUACGUUAAGUGAAACCGGACCUCGUUUGCGUAUUAAAAAAUCAUUAAAAAAUGUUCAUUCGUCCUACAUCUAUGCCAUAGAUGCAACAUCGCGGAAUGUCAUUUCAGCUUCGGAUAAUACGAUAAGGAUUCAGGAGAGUAUAAGUACGUUAGCCGAACAGUCAGCAAACGAUUACAGUACAUCUGGGAAUUGUAUAGAUAUUAAGGAUACAGUGCAAUCGCUCGCAAUUGAUCCCAUGGGGACGAAAUUCGCCGUUGGAUCAGGAGGAUGGACCGACUUUCCGCCCCUUCACAUAAUCGAUAUUAACACACAGUACAUGAACUCAUCAAUGGUACGUGAAUGGAAGCACGGCGCCCAAUGGUACGUGAAUGGAAUAUUAGACAUGGUUUGGGACAAUCCCCACACUUUGCUCACUUGUGGCUACGAUUCGAACAUUCGAAAAUGGGAUUUGAGAGCAGGGAAAUGCGUGAGUACAUGGGAGGAUCCGGAUCGUGCAACGGUAUAUUGCAUCUCGUCGGAUUAUCAAUAUACCAUGAUUACGGGGAUGGAGUAUUCUGAAAAGGCAGUUCUGUGGGAUCAGAGACAAAGAAAUUCCGUUCAGGUCUAUUACUUGAAUCCGAAGUUGGCAUCGCGACAACGAAGCAAUCCAAUCUAUUCUCUGAGGUUCGACAGUAGCCAUCUGUAUUGCGCUACGGAUAAAAAAUUGGUCGAACUGAACUUCUCGGACCAAAACAAUAAUUAAAAAUACUUAUUAAUGAGACACACCGUGCGUUCAAGAAGGUGUUUAUGUAGUUCGUUGCGGAGAGUAUCAUCACAUGCCCCAAGUGGUCGAGAUGGUACCCAUACAGCACGAAAACAUUUCAGAAAUAUUUCAGAAGUAUUUCAUCUGACAGAUGAAAGCAUCUCAUAA